GAGGAGCCGCCGGGAGCGGGGCCGGGCCUCGGGCAGCGCCCCGGGAGGCAGCGGCCAUGCCGUACGCCAACCAGCCCACGGUGCGCAUCACCGAGCUGACGGACGAGAACGUGAAGUUCAUCAUCGAGAACACGGACCUGGCGGUGGCCAACUCCAUCCGGAGAGUCUUCAUCGCGGAGGUGCCCAUCAUAGCCAUCGACUGGGUUCAGAUAGAUGCCAACUCCUCCGUGCUCCACGAUGAAUUCAUUGCACACAGGCUGGGUCUCAUCCCACUCACCAGCGAUGACAUCGUGGAUAAGAUGCAGUACUCCAGAGACUGCACCUGUGACGAGUUCUGCCCCGAGUGCUCGGUGGAGUUCACGCUGGACGUGCGCUGCAACGAGGACCAGACGCGGCACGUCACCUCCCGCGACCUCAUCUCCAACAACCCCCGCGUCAUCCCGGUGACCUCUCGCAGCAGGGACAACGACCCCAAUGACUAUGUGGAGCAGGAUGACAUCCUGAUUGUGAAGCUGAGGAAGGGGCAGGAGCUGAGGCUCAGAGCUUAUGCCAAGAAGGGCUUUGGCAAGGAGCAUGCCAAGUGGAACCCCACGGCCGGGGUGGCCUUCGAGUACGACCCAGACAACGCCCUGAGGCACACCGUGUACCCCAAGCCAGAGGAGUGGCCCAAGAGUGAGUACUCAGAGAUCGAUGAGGAGGAUGCUCAGGCUCCCUACGACCCCAACGGGAAGCCAGAGAGGUUUUACUACAACGUGGAGUCCUGCGGCUCGCUGCGCCCCGAGACCAUCGUCCUGGCUGCCCUCUCCGGCCUCAAGAAGAAGCUGAGCGACCUCCAGACCCAGCUCAGCCACGAGAUCCAGAGUGAUGUCCUCACCAUCAACUGAGCUGGCCCCUGCUGGGG